AUGGAUGCUAACAACAACAUAUUUCCAUUAGCCUUUGGAGUAGGAGACUCUGAAAAUGAUUCAUCAUGGUUAUGGCUUUUCACAAAGCUAAAUGAGACAUAUGGAGAAAGAGAAAGUAUAGCAAUCAUUUCAGACAGGCACAAAAGCAUAGAAAAUAUUGUAGACAAUGUAUACCCUAAAGCUUUCCAUGGAGCAUGCAUAUUCCACCUGCUAAACAACAUUAAAGUCAAUUUCGGUGUCCAUGGGGAGGACCUAAACAUAAACUUUGUGAAAACAGCAAAGGCAUAUAGGGUACAAUCAUUUGAGCACUACAUGCAUGAAAUAGAAAAGAUUGACACUCGCAUAAGACCAUAUUUACAAAAAAUUGGAUAUUGCACUUGGUCUAGAUGCCAUGCUCCAACAAGAAGAUAUACAAUGAUGACAUCAAAUAUAGCCGAAUCGAUAAAUGCUGCAUUGAAAGCUGCAAGAAUGUUGCCAAUCACUACAAUGAUGGAAGGCCUUCGAAGUCUAGUUCAAAAAUGGGUAUGGAAAAAUGGUAACGAAGCAAACGGAACAUUCACACAAGUAACAACAGAUACUGAAACUGUGCUUAGAGAAAACUUUAUUCGAGCCAUUAAAUUUCAGGUCUUCCCAGUUAACACUAUACUGUACCAAGUUGUGGUUGAAGACAAAGGAAAUUUUAUGGUCAACCUAAUGGAGAAAACAUGUGAAUGA